CGCUCGCCGCGCUCCAUGGCGGGGCCGGCGGCCGUGCGGCGGCGGGGCCCGGGCUGCGGGUCGCUGCUGCUGCUGCUGCCGGCGCUGCUGGAGAGCUGGGCCGCCUGCCAGGCGCCGCCGGUGCCCGCCGCCGAAAUCCCUCCGGACGGCACGGAGCUCGGCGUCGAGCGGCGCUUCGUGCCCGAGAGCUGCCCGCGGGCCGUGCGCCCCGGGGACUUCGUGCGCUACCACUACCUCGGCGCCUUCCCCGACGGCACCCGCUUCGACUCCAGCUAUGACAGGGGAUCCACAUUCAACGUGUUUGUGGGCAAAGGUCAGCUUAUUGCUGGGAUGGACCAAGCUCUGGUGGGCAUGUGUGUGAACGAGCGCCGCUUGGUGAAAAUUCCCCCGAAGCUCGCCUACGGAAGCGAAGGCGUCCCUGGUGUGAUACCCCCCAAUGCUGUGCUCCAUUUCGACGUGCUCCUGAUAGAUCUGUGGAACUCGGAGGACGAAGUGCAGGUUCAGACUUACUUCAAGCCUGAGAAGUGUCCUCGGACAGUCCAGGUGUCCGACUUUGUACGGUACCAUUACAAUGGAACAUUCUUAGAUGGGACCCUGUUUGAUUCAAGCCACAAUCGGAUGCGAACUUAUGAUACCUAUGUGGGAAUUGGAUGGCUGAUUCCUGGUAUGGACCAGGGUCUCUUGGGAAUGUGUGUGGGAGAGAAGCGCAUUAUCACAAUACCACCUUUCCUGGCAUAUGGAGAAGAUGGAGAUGGUAAAGAGAUCCCUGGCCAAGCUUCUCUUGUCUUUGAUGUGGUUUUGCUGGAUCUACAUAACCCCAAGGAUGGCAUUGCUAUUGAGAAUCAGCUCGUGCCCGAAUCCUGUGAGCGGAGAAGCCAGACAGGAGACUUCGUCCGAUACCAUUACAAUGGCACGCUUCUGGAUGGCACAUUAUUUGAUUCCAGUUAUUCGCGAAACCGUACAUAUGACACCUAUGUUGGGAAAGGUUAUGUGAUUGCUGGAAUGGAUGAAGGUUUGCUAGGUGUAUGCACUGGUGAAAAGAGAAGAAUAAUAAUCCCCCCUCAUCUUGGAUAUGGAGAAGAAGGGAGAGGAAAGAUUCCAGGAUCUGCAGUGCUGGUCUUUGACAUCCACGUGGUGGACUUCCACAACCCCUCAGAUUCGGUCAGCAUUACUGUUCACUACAAACCUUCCAACUGCACUGUACUGAGCAAGAAGGGGGAUUACCUGAAAUACCACUACAAUGCUUCACUCCUGGAUGGAACCCUGCUAGACUCCACACACAGCCUUGGCAAGACCUAUAACAUAGUUCUGGGAUCUGGUCAGGUGGUGCUGGGGAUGGACAUGGGUCUUCAGGACAUGUGUGUUGGGGAACGACGGACAGUCGUUAUCCCCCCUCACCUUGGGUAUGGAGAAGACGGAGUUGAAGGAGAAGUGCCUGGUAGUGCUGUAUUAGUUUUCGACAUCGAACUGCUGGAAUUGGUGUCUGGCUUACCUGAAGGAUACAUGUUUGUAUGGAAUGGGGAAGUCUCUCCCAACCUUUUUGAAGAAAUAGACCAGAAUCACGAUGGAGAGGUUCUUUUGGAGGAGUUUUCAGAGUACAUCCAAACUCAAGUUGAUACUGGCAAAGGAAAAUUAGCUCCUGGCUUUGAUUUUGAAAAGAUUGUUAAAAAUAUGUUCACCAAUCAAGACCGGGAUGGAAAUGGCAAAGUUACUGCUGAAGAAUUCAAGUUGAAAGAUCAGGAGGCCAAAGAGGAGCACGAUGAACUGUAAAGAUAAGAAGAAAAACCAGGAAUCCUGAGCUGACCUACUGUUCAGACGCGUGUACCAGAAGGAGUUUUGGCGAGCAUGGUUCUGGAAGGAUAGCCCUUGGAUAGCCUGUUUCUGCCUCUGCCUGGGCGUGGGUAGGCUGUUAAAAUAGGAUGAGAUUUUCAGCUGGAAUUGUUAGGUAUACCUGAAAAAAGUGUUAAGUGCCUCAAGGUGGGAUGUGUAGACAGGUGAGGAGUGUCCUGCUGUAUGUGGUGCCGUGAACCACAUGUUUCUGUGGGGUCUGUUUUUAUGCUAAAGAUCCAAAGUUCUCAUUGAACAAUACACGGUCAGUUGGGUGGAUGGUAGAGAGAAAACUUCCCAAGUGCUUUUAAAAGAGUUUUAAAAAACCCUUCUGUAUCAGAAAUAUCUGAGUAGGAAAAUGAACCAAAAUAUUCCCCGUAACAAUAACCUGUAAAAAUUGUCAGCUGUUGAUCCCAGUUCCUUUCAGAAGGCAUGAGCACUUUUCCCAGUAGCUGAAAAAACUCACGUGGAUUUUUGCCAGCAGAAAAUCUGAUUUGAAAAUUGCAGAACGUGGCUGUGCCAUUGCAAAAUUUACUUAAGCUGUGACUUAAAUUAAACAGACCUAGAAUUGA